GCGCUAACAGGGAGUUGGGAACACAGACGCCGUCAAAGCGCCCGUCAGUAGACUGCUUGUGGCGUUGAACUGCUCUGGCGCAUGCAUUGAUAAGGACACUGGGAAGCCGACGAAGGCGCACAAUUGUGGAGGAUAGGAUACGGCUCCGCCCAUGCAUGGGGCGGGAAUUAGCUACGGGGCACAGAACGUCACCAGGGUCUACUCCCCGGUGACACUGAGCUACGAAUGGCCGACUCUGGGACGUCUGCUGUUCAUGGUUUUCUGUUCGUGUAUCGGGACCACCAUCAACGGUUUCUUUGUUGCCGCAUUCUUUGUCGAGCACACGCUAAAACGAAUCGGAAAUGUAUUUCUGGCUUGCAUUGGGUUAUCUGACCUGAUCGUCACUACAGCAGUAAUGCCAGUAUCUGCUGUAGUUUUACUAUCAGCCGGAGAAUGGGACACGUUGCCAGUUUGCCGCGCUCUGCAAUUCCUCACUGAGACUGCUAUGUACUGCUACAGUCUAUUCUUUCUCCUCGUGUCAGCCGAAACUUACUAUCGAUUAUGUCGUUCAACACCGGAAUACGAAAUGUUCAUAUCUAUGCGCAUCGGCCUAGUAACUAUAUCAGUAUUUGUGAUAGGAGUUGUAAUGGCCGCAAUGGGAGUAUUCCUGGGGUUAGAUUACGACUAUUGCGAGAGAAGCCACUUCGGGAAUUUCUACUACCGUGUGUCAACAUCGGUAUUAUUUCACGGUAUACCUAGUGUACUUACCAUUCUCGGUCUCAUAUUCUCGUACUUCCGCAUAAGGAGCCGCGCCCGUGAACAGGUGUACUACAAACGGUCCCAGCAAUACGAAAGGGAUUUCUCCACGACCAGCUUGAAUAUUACGGCCUUUCUAAUUUACAUAAUAAUGUGGACGCCCUACCUCAUCAUCGUCCACAAAUAUCCUGGCACCAGCGACUCUAAGUUCUACCACUGCGUCUGGUUCGGUGUUUGCCGUUCGAUCUUCAGCAGUUUUCUCUACAGUUCGAUGAAUAGGAACUUCAGGCGCGCUUUUGCUCAUCUGUUUUACUACUGCUGCUGCAAGAGCACCCUGACUGGCUCGUUCAACAAUAGACACAGGAGGGCGUUGGAGUAUAAAACGGCGACAGGUGAUGUAAGAGUCCACAUUAUGCAUCAGGCAGUGAACUCGGCUAGUCCUCAGCGCGGCGCGAGUUCCGCUCGUGAGACCCAAGAGUUAUGAUCGAGGGAGCGCGAGUACGUCCUCUACGUUUACUAAAUAAAGAUCAAAGUAUAGUGUUUGUUAGAAAAUUUACAUAAAAAAACCUUUACAACGGUUAAAAAGGUUUUCUGAAUAUGCAGCUAAAAUAAUUUGUUCUAUCAAGUUUUUUUAACCUCUUUAAAGAUACAUGUACCGAUUUCUUUGAAAUUCAAUAUAAUCUAUUAUCUACACAAAAUGUCCGAUAAUUAUAGUGAGAUCUAUGGAAUUUGUGAAGCAUAUUCAUUAAAUAUUUUGACAGGAAAAAGUUUCUAACAAACAUAGUAUACUGAUAUCUUAAUAACUCGGCGUCCCAAAAGGUUAAUAUGUGAGACCGCAAUAUUGCAACGUAAUGUUUUAAUAGUUU